AUGGCGUCGCUCCCACAGUCAGGAAUACUUCUGGAAGCGGAAGAGUUCCAGAACUAUGGUGGCUGGAUUCUGGACUCGCAAUUCGACUCAGAGAUGGGCUCGCCAUACCUCCUUGCCCACGGUAAUGGCAAGCCAGUCGCAGAUGCAACAACCGUUCUAUCUACAGAAAAGGGGCACUAUCAUGUCUGGGUUCGAGCCAAGGAUUGGGUUCCUGACCAUCAUCCAGGACAGUUUACCCUGACCAUCAACGAAAGCACCCUGGAUACCGUUUUCGGCACGAACAAUGAGGACUGGUCCUGGCAGUACGCAGGUAUUAUGGAUCUCCCACACGGCGAUACAAGUGUUAUGCUCCACGACCUCACUGGAUUCUGCGGCCGUUGCGACGCUAUCUUUUUCAGCCUUGAGGAUACACCCCCGCCAAGUGAGAAUAACGACGAGGCGCGUGCCUGGCGGAGAAGAUUACGUGAACUACCUGAGAAUCCUGUCGACGCCGGCUCAUAUGACGUUGUGGUAGUCGGUGGAGGGAUACCUGGCUGCACAGCGGCGUUAGCAGCCGCACGACUGGGAAAUCGCGUUGCUCUUGUGCAAGAUCGCCCUAAACUUGGCGGCAAUGCCAGUGUUGAGAUUGGUCUCUCCCCACGUGGAAUGACUAGCACUUUGAUUCAGGAACUUUCGCAGCGCCAUACCGACGGGGACUUACUGGCAAAGCAGCUUCUCGACGCGGAGCCCAACGCGACAUUAUUCAUGGAGUACGCCGUCUACGAUGCGCAUCUCGUUGGCUCCAUAAUAACAUCAUUGGACGCUCGUCACGCUCGAACUGGAAGGGAAAUCAGCCUGUCGGCUCCGACCUUCAUUGACUGCUCCGGAAAGGCUGUUCUCGGCAUAUUCACUGGUGCGGAGACACUCUUUGGUCAAGAAUCCAAGUCAAUGUACGGCGAAAGUCUUGCGCCUGCCGAGGCCGACGACAUGCAUCAUGGCCACACACUCUUUUUUCGAACCAAGAUGGCUAAUGCGGCUGUAUCGUUCCCUGUUGUGCCCUGGGCCAUCGAGGUUGCGAAAGACUACUCAGAUCUCCGCGGUCAACUGCGGGAACCCGGUCUUGAGAACGGAACCGGCCCUUUCGUCGUUCCUCCGAAUUUCGUACCGGAUCCGACCGCCGAUAUGCGGAUGAAGGGACCUCUUACGCACUUCUGGGAGUAUGGUCAAUGGCUUGAUCCGUAUACCAACGGUGAACACAUCCGAGAUCACCUUCUCUGCGCCAUUUACGGAACCUUUCACAAUGUGAAAACGAUGGAACCAGAGAAUUACGCAAACCUUGACUUUGAUUGGGUGACUUUUGUUGCAGCUCAAGGAGAAUUCAAACGGUACAAGGGCGAUUAUGUUCUGGCGGAGACUGAUAUUCGCGAUCACAAGGCUUUCCCAGAUGCGGUGGUUCAGAAUGCAGGCGCAUUUUGCUUGCAUUACCCUGGCGAUGAAAAGUACGAUUUCCGGUUGAGAGCUUGGGAGUGGGAUGAGCGGGACAAAAAGCCGUAUGACAUUCCAUUCAGAUGUCUUUUCUCGACCAAUAUUUCGAAUUUGAUGAUGGCAGGGAAACACAUCAGCACUACCCACAUUGGAGGUUCCAACGCCAAGUUCAUGGCAAAUGGAGGUCAGCAUGCGCUGGCUACCGCGGCUGCAGCACACCUGUGCAAGAAAUAUCAGACCACACCUCGAGGAAUCCACGACAAUCACCUGCAAGAGUUAAAAGCGACCACCGGCAAUCUAGGCCAAGGUAUCUGGGACAGAAAGUCUGACAAUAGACUCUAA